AUGCCAGCCAAAGGUGAUGCCUUUUCGUUCUCCAAGCCUGCAUGCGCCAGCGAGGCAGCUUGGGAUGCCACUGAUGCAACCAUGCAAACCCAGCAACCCACUGGCCCAAAGCCCCCCUCCGUCGACCAAGUCAUCGCUGAGAACUCUUCCGAAGAGCACACGAUGAAGCUCCGCGGCGGUGGUGCAGGUGAUGUCUGCUGUGGCAUGUGUGCCGGUCUCCUCUGCUUCGAAUGCUGCGAGGAGUGCUGCUAA